GUUCCUGGGGUUUGCUGGGAGGUAUGGACAUGUUUGUCUUUGCGAACGGCUGCUUCUGGGGCAGCGAGAAGGGUGUCUGGCGGCUGCCUGGGGGUGGCAUCUAUGCCACCGCGGUGGGCUAUGCUGGAGGAUUCACACCCAAUCCAACCUAUGAGGAAGCCUGCAGCGGCCUGACGGGCCACACUGAAGCAGUGAAGGUGGUGUUUGACCCGGAGAAGAUCAGCUUGGUGGACAUUCUCCGCUGGUUCUGGGAGGCACACGACCCGACCCAGGGCAUGGGACAAGGCAACGACCGGGGGACACAGUACCGCAGUGGUCUCUAUUUUUUCAACGACGAGCAGCGGCGCAUCUUCGAAGCGAGUAAGGCGGCCUACGAUAAAGCCCUGCAAGGCGUGAACCGUGGACGCGGCCCCAUCACCACGGAGAUCGUGGCUGCAGCCGACUUCCCGGACAACCAGGUCUUCUACUACGCAGAGGACUACCAUCAACAAUACCUGGCGAAGCCCAGGGCUCGUCCCUAUUGUUCGGCGCAGCCACAAGUGGUUGCUCUGCCGGACUUCGAAUCCUGGUGUCCUGAGGACUUGCAGGAGAAGUACAAGCCGAAAUUGACCGAGGAGUUUUGGCAACAACAUGGUCCCACGCCCCAUUGCGUGAUCAUGGCGCCGAACGAACCCAUCCUGUUCCCGUGA